AUGUACAAGAUCACUUUGAUUUUGGAAGUUCAGGAAAAGUUGCUGGGAGUUGGUGGAUCAGUGGAAUUGGCCCCUGGAUACUUAAAACAUGUUUAUGACAUUGUAUGCAAGGCUGGUGGUGUCUGCAUUACUGAUGAAGUGCUAACUGGAUUUGGUCGCACUGGAAGCCACUACUGGGGCUUUCAGACACAAGGGGUCAUUCCCGACAUGGUUACCAUGGCAAAGGGAAUUGGCAAUGGUUUGCCAUUAGGAGCUGUAGUGACAACACCAGUGAUACCUAGUGUAAUGGCUCAGAAGAUUCAGUUCAACACUUUUGGUGGAAACCCAGUAUGUUCUGCUGGGGGACUUGCGGUGCUCAGGGUUAUUGAUAAAGAGAAGCGUCAAGCACAUUGUGCUGACAUUGGCUCUCACCUGAUUGGAUGCUUGAGAGCUCUACAAGAGAGACAUGAUAUCUUUGGAGAUGUGAGAGGGAGAGGACUCAUGGUGGGAGUAGAAUUAGUAACUGACAGGAAGGAGAAGACGCCUGCAAAGGCUGAAACUGCAGUCUUGUUUGAGAAACUUAGAGAGCUUGGCAUUCUUGUUGGGAAAUGUUUUCAGAAUCAAACCACCAAAGAUGAUGCAGGUAACUUUCUGUAGCUUCCUUUCAUCAAAUAGAUUUUACC